AUGUAUUGCACAGCAGUGCUGUCGCUUGCGCUCGGCGUCGCAGCGCAGCAGUUUGCUGGAGAAACGAUCACGGCUUCGUUGCCUGCUGUUGAUGGCGCGGAGUUGGCAUACUUCAAGAUCAAUGACCAGAGCGGCGCGAACGAGAAUUUGACAUUGAUCAACUACUACGGACUUGGGAGUAGUGGGCAAAGGAUCGAUCCGAAGAAUGUCCAGAGGGCUGUUGUUACGAUACAUGGACUGCUUCGUGAUCCUGAUGCAUACUUUACAGACACCAAAAACGCCCUCUCCAAAGCCACCGCCAAAGACCCCACCAUCAACCCCGACACCGUCGCCAUAAUGACCCCCUACUUCACCAACGGCGACGACAAAUCCCACGGCUACCCCUGGACCGACGGCCUCUCAGCCGGCCAAGGCUCCACGACCAGCGCCCUCGUCUGGGCCGGCUCCCAAUGGUCCAAGGGCGCCAAUAACCAGUACCCCUGGACCUCCACCAAUACUUCCUCCUUCUACGUCCUCGACCAGAUCAUCAAGUACUUCGACGACGCCGACACGUUCCCGAACUUGCAUCAGAUCGUCCUCGUAGGGCAUUCCAUGGGCGGACAAAUGCUGCAGCGCUAUGCAGCUGUGGGCGACGAUUUGGGCACGAGGGUGCCGGUGACGUACUGGGUUGGAAAUCCCAACUCCUACUCCUGGCUGAGUCCCGAGCGUCCUCUCAAUACCACCCCCUGCACGACCUACGACGAAUACGGCUCUGGCUACACCUCCUACGACUCUUACGGGAAAGGCGGCAUGACCUACGGCGCUGCUCUCGUACAACAAGGCAUCGAAGCAGUGAGGUCCAACUACGACUCGAAACAAAUUGCCUACGCCCGCGCCCUCCGCGAUCACGGCGAUCAUUCUAGCGGCGAUGGAUGUGCGCCUUAUACCACCGGGAACGACAGGCACGAGAGGUUCUUCUACUUUAACCAGUGGUUCCCAGCCCGCUGCCCGGACCCGGCGAGCGCGAACUGCGAUACGGUCGAUCUGGUGGAUGCGAGUCAUGAUAAUGGGCAGAUGUUUGGCUCUGACGCAGGGCUUGCGAGACUCUUCAUCGAUAAUUUCUACGGCGAUAACGCGAGGGCUUACGAUUUUGGAUACCCGAGGCAACAAAAUGGAGAUUCGCCGUAUCCGGACCCGGCACAGUCGACAAUCCCCAGCACGGCUGCGCUGUCGAACACGAAUGUCUACGCGGGCAACAUGACAUAUGCCGGCUGCUUCACGAACCAGGAGCCGGUGACACCUGCGGCGCUGCCGAAUUCGAUGUUCGAUGAUGCGGUGAACAGUAUUGAGGAUUGCACGAAUGCGUGUAACGAUAAUGGGCCUAGGAUUGCGGGCAUGAUGAAUGCGACGCAGUGUCUUUGCGGGAAUGCGUUGAACAAGGCGAGUGCGGUGAGCGUGGUGGAUAGUGCGUGUAGAUUGGCGUGUCCGAAUAAUGCGGAGCAGAUCUGUGGAGCGGAGGAGAGGGUUAGUGUUUAUAGCAAUGGGGCGGUGGUGUUUGAAUAA